AUGGCUUGUUCUUCUCUCCUGACCGCACCCACCUCCAAGCCAACGCCACCACUCGCCUCCCUUUCCUCCCGGCCUGUUGCCUCUUCAUCUUUAUCCCCGCCCGCCGCCUCAUCCGGCGCCGCCCCGGGCGGCAGCCGAGCCAUGACGGGCCGUCGGGAACUGGCGUUGGCCCUGUCGACCUCGGUGACGUUGCUGCUCCUUCCGGCAGCCCCCCCGGCGCUCGCCACGUCGGACGAGGAGUACGUGAGGGAGACGGCGGAGGUGAUCAACAAGGUGCGCAACACCGUCGGCAUGGACAAGAAGGACCCGAACGUGGCGGUGGCCGUGGCGGAGCUGCGGGAAGCGUCCAACACCUGGGUGGCCAAGUACAGGAGGGAGAAGGCCCUGCUGGGGCGCGCCUCUUUCAGGGACAUGUACUCCGCCCUCAACGCCGUCUCCGGCCACUACAUAAGCUUCGGCCCCACGGCGCCCAUUCCGGCCAAGCGCAAGGCCCGCAUCUUGGAGGAGGUGGACACCGCCGAGAAGGCUCUUCUCCGUGGGAGGUAG